AAAUGGCGGAGUCAUCUAGAAAGUAACAUCGUCUACCAUGUCCUAACUAGCUGUAAACGUUACUGUGAUUGUAAUAUGAUGUUUUUUCAUGCAAUCGUUGAUUAGUUAGUAUUUCAUAGAAGUAAAGAGUUCAAUCGAUUUGACAUUUUUUGACAGGCAAAAGUUACAUUUAAUCAUCACUGUCUGCAAUCAUGUCUAAAAAGGGUGCAGAAUGUGUGAAAGUUGUUGUUCGGUGUCGCCCAAUUAACGAGAAAGAAAUAAAAGAUGGGCAUGAACGAGUUGUUGACAUGGAUGUAAAACGGGGUAUGAUUACUGUGAGGAACAUCCAAGCUGGUAACACACAACAACCUAGGAAUUUUACAUUUGAUGCAGUGUAUGACUGGAAUUCUAAACAGGUUGAUCUGUAUGAUGAAACAUUUAGAGUAUUGGUAGACUCAGUAUUAGAAGGGUUCAAUGGUACUAUUUUUGCAUAUGGCCAGACUGGCACUGGGAAGACCUUCACUAUGGAAGGUAUACGCUCAGAUCCAGAUCUCCGAGGUGUCAUUCCGAAUUCAUUUGCACACAUAUUUACACACAUAUCCAGAACAGAAAACCAACAGUAUUUGGUGCGGGCAUCCUAUCUAGAAAUCUAUCAGGAACAAAUCCGGGAUUUACUCUCCAAGGAUCAGAAAAAACGACUUGAAUUAAAAGAGAGACCAGAUACUGGGGUUUAUGUUAAGGAUUUGUCUUCUUUUGUGACUAAAAGUGUUAAAGAAAUUGAACACGUUAUGAAUGUUGGUAAUCAAAACAGAUCUGUCGGACCCACCAAUAUGAAUGAACACAGUUCACGAUCACAUGCCAUCUUUAUUAUCACCGUAGAAUGCAGUGAAAUCAAGACAAAGAAACUCAAAAAGCUGUUUGCUAAACUUCAAGCCGUGAAGCAAGAGAUACAAGACCAACAAGAAGAACAUAUCAGAGAACGUCAGGAACUCGAACAGACACAAAAUGAACUAACCAGGGAAUUGAAACUAAAGAUGCUUAUCAUUGACAACUUCAUACCGCUGGAAGAGAAGACGAAGAUUAUGAAUAGAUGUGCGUAUGAAGAGGAGGAAGAUACGUGGAAGUUGACUCCACUGGCUAGAACAGAGGGUCCUCAACAAAUGGCUAAAAGACCUGUGUCUGCAUGUGGCAAUAGACGACCAAUUGCAGAAUAUGCCAGGAUGGCUGCUGCCAUGGGAGGUCAUUAUAGAUACAAGGGUGAGAACAUACUGAUAGUUGAGUUGGACAUGCCUAACCGUACAACACGUGAUUACGAGGGACCAGCUGUAGCACCCAAAGUUCAGGCAGCGUUGGAUGCAGCGUUACAAGAUGAAGAUGAUAUAGAUUUAGAUAUACAGCCUGACAUUUUUAGCCACAAGAUGAAAUCCAAAAAGAAGGACAGAGCUCGAUCUGCUAGGCCCACAACUGGGAAACGUCAGCAACCGAACCGAGAACAACAACCAAGAACCACGUCUGAGUUGUACCCAAAAGCUAGAGGGCUAAUCACGAAAUGAUAUCGUGUGUCGGUGUUCUAAAAAUAACUGCUUAUUCUGUCCAGAAUAUAAAUUAUUCUCAUUACUUUUGCACGUUAUUAUGAAACCACAGUUACCAUACUACGUUACAAUGUAUAUGUAAUUUUAAUAUCGUAUUACAAAUGACAGUAGUUCUCCGCAUUUACAUUGAACUCUUAAAGGUAUACUGUCACAAGUUUAAGUCCUAGACAUAAAAUUACAUAACAUGGUGAUAUAAUAAAAAUAAUAAUUUUCAAUAAAUACACAAUCGCUUUCCAAAAGAGACACUCAGCUUGUCAGCACAUGCAUGUGUAAAUCUAUAUUUGAUGCGCUGGCUUAUCAGGCCAGUCCAUGUUUUCACAGAUUGACUUGCUCGUAAAUUUCUUAACUUCAUUCCCCAGCUUUAUACAAUAAUGCACUUUAAUAUUGUGUUCAGCAUUAAGGUACAAUGCAAUUAUUUCUCUGCUUGCACCAAUCAUUUUUUUUUUUUGUCUCCUAAUUAGUAAUUUUUUUUAUAGUUUGAACUUUAUUUUUGUUACUUGUUGUUAUUGCUCAUGUUA